UUGCAUUUUAUAAUUAAGUGAUUAUUUAAAUAAAGAAGCACGAUACACCAACCUCCGUCACCAAACCAAACACAAUGCAGUUUGCGACGGUGGAAACUAUGAAUCUUCAAUUAAAAUAGUUCCUUCAACACCCAAAUCGCAUUUCAUUCCUUUCUUAACUUCCUCACACAUUCCAACCAAAACGUCAAAAACUCAAAACAAAAACAAAAACAAAAACAAUGUCCCACUUGAUCAAACAAAACAAACCCUCAGAUUUGUUCUUCCCAGGUGGUCUUUUCCUUGACGCUACCACCCUUCCCACAUCCUUCAUUACAUCAAUUCCAUCUUCUUCUUCUUCAUCCAAUUCAUCCACAGUUUCAUGUUUUUCUUGGUGUAUCAGAAAAAGGGUCGGUUACGAGAUUCUCAGGGUAGAAGGUGCCAUUAAUGGUGGCAAUUGCGUUUUCUCGUCCUUGAGUCUGUCCAUAAACGGAACCGACGCAGAUAAUAGCCAUAGAUACACUCGAGAAUCCAAUGGAGUUUCGGAGCAACACGAGAAAAAAGUGGAAGAAGGUGUGUAUCAAGAGAACGAGAAGGAGAAGGAGAGUAUUCGGGUUAACGGAUCCGGUGCUGUUAACAUGACCAAACAUCUCUGGGCUGGUGCUUUUUCCGCCAUGGUCUCAAGGACUUUUGUUGCACCACUUGAGAGACUUAAGCUCGAAUACAUUGUUCGCGGGGAACAGAAGAGUCUUGUUGAGCUCAUUCAGACAAUUGCAGUUUCUCAAGGGCUGAAAGGUUUUUGGAAAGGAAAUUUUGUGAAUAUUCUUCGGACGGCGCCUUUUAAGGCUAUAAACUUUUAUGCGUAUGAUACAUAUAAAACUAAACUGGUGAGAAUGUUGGGGAAUGAAGAAUCCACAAAUUUUGAGAGGUUUGUUGCUGGUGCUGCUGCAGGGAUUACGGCUACCUUGCUCUGCUUGCCCAUGGACACUAUCAGGACGGUUAUGGUAGCACCUGGUGGUGAAGCAUUGGGAGGUGUAAUUGGUGUCUUCCGUCAUAUGAUCAAAACGGAGGGCUUCUUUUCUCUUUACAAAGGUUUAGUACCCUCCAUUAUCAGCAUGGCACCUUCAGGGGCUGUCUACUAUGGUGUUUACGAUAUUUUAAAGUCAGCAUAUCUGCAUUCGCCCGAGGGAAUGAAAAGAAUCCAAUAUAUGAAAGAAGAGGCUCAGGAUUUGAAUGCUUUGGAACAACUGGAAUUGGGCACCGUUAGAACUUUAUUAUAUGGUGCUAUUGCUGGUUGUUGUUCUGAAGCUGCUACAUAUCCCUUUGAAGUUGUAAGGAGACAGCUUCAAUUGCAAGUUCAGGCAACCCGGUUGAACGCGCUGGCGACUUGUGUCAAGAUUGUUGAGCAAGGAGGUGUUCCUGCUCUCUAUGCAGGAUUAACUCCCAGCUUAUUGCAGGUGUUACCAUCUGCUGCUAUUAGUUACUUUGUAUACGAGUUCAUGAAGAUAGUUCUCAAAGUAGAAUCAACUUAGAUAGAUUAUCAUACAAGCAAUUCAAACAUCAGAUAUAGUUUGAUCAUUGAAGGUGAGUUUUCUCCACAAAUGUGUCGACAUAAUGGACCCGAGAGAUUUGGCUGAUUAUUCACACAUUUUAUCAGUUUGACAUACUCAAUGUGAAGGUCCGUUGGAUUAUGCAGCUGGCAAUCCUUUAAUGAAUAGGAGACUCCAUGAAAAGAUCAUGAAACUUUGCUCUUUUUUUAUAGACAAAUGUUAAUGAUUAGUUUAUUAGGAUAGAAAAAUCUGUUAGUAGUAGAAAUUGAACUCUGCACCUUCUUCACAAUACUCCUUGAGUGUCUCAUUCAUACCUUUAGGCCACAUCUUGAAGUCUUUUUGGUUUUUUUUUUAUGUUGAUAGCUUUGGAUGUUUGGCUGAUAUGAGUUUACAAAUUACAAUUCAUGGUAUGAAUAUGACUAAUACCUCAAUGAUAUACUUUUUAUUCAACCACAA